AUGACAGCAAUGACUGGCACCUUCAGGCCUCUUUCUGAAGAGGAGCAGGCUUUGCGGACUAAACUUGAGCGACUGAGCACCAGUGACCAUGGUCCUGUGUUUGGGAAGCAUGAGAAGAUCCCCGCACACACACUGCAGAAGGCUAAAGAUGAAUUGAACGAGACCUCAGAGAAACGUGAAUUAGCAAUCAAAGAGCUUCAGGAGCUUAUCCAGGAGAAAGCUAAAGAUGGAGACGACAUUUGCAAAGCGGUUUCUGAGAAAAUGCAGGGGAAGGAUGAAGCUUUCCUCCUUCGUUUCAUACGUGCCCGCAAGUUUGAUAUCAACAGAGCUUAUGAUUUGAUUAAAGGUUACGUCAACUUCCGUCAGCAGUAUCCAGAACUCUUUGAAAAUCUGGUACCUGAGGCAGUACGGAGUACCAUUGAGGCUGGCUACCCUGGCAUUUUGUGCAACAGGGAUAAAUACGGUCGGGUCGUACUGCUGUUCAACAUAGAGAACUGGGAUUAUGAAGAGAUCACAUUUGAUGAGAUCCUCCGUGCCUACUGCGUGAUCUUGGAGAAGUUGCUAGAGAACGAGGAAACUCAAAUCAAUGGCUUCUGUAUCGUUGAAAACUUCAAAGGAUUCACCAUGCAGCAAGCCUACGGUAUCAAGCCUUCUGAAUUGAAAAAAAUGGUGGACAUGCUACAGGAUUCCUUUCCAGCUCGAUUCAAGGCCAUUCAUUUCAUUCACCAGCCUUGGUAUUUCACCACCACCUACAAUGUUGUCAAACCAUUCCUGAAGAACAAGCUUCUGGAAAGGGUCUUUGUGCAUGGGGAUGAACUUGCCACCUUCUUUCAAGAGAUAGAUGCUGACAUCUUGCCAGCCGACUUUGGAGGCAACCUGCCCCGAUACAACGGCAAAAUGGUCGCCGAGAAGCUUUUCGGGGUCUGGAUGGACACAGAAGACACAACACUCUAAAAAUGAACAGCCUGAGAUGGAAGAUCAGCCUCAGCCUUCCUUUGAAAUGCAGUGCAGGCAGUUCUCAACGUAGAACCCAGAUUAGGACCAGAAUUUAAGACAGGUGUUGUUAA